AUGGGAAAGAAAAACAAGGGAAAAACUUCUGAUGGCGCCGCUGCCACAGAAAGUGCCGCAACAACAGCAGCCGAUGUCCAAAAACCCCUCCCGACUCCCCAAAAACCCGUCGAAGUCGCUCCAAAAGUUGAAAAACCCGCUGCUGAGACACCAAAAGCUCCAACUGCCGAAAAGCCUGUCGAAGGUGCUGCAUCCGCUGAAGGUACGUUGAAGAAAAAACGCAACCGCAGAAAGAAGAAGCCCGCCACGGAAGGUGCUGAGGCCGAAAAGAAACCCGAAAAUGGGCAACAAACUCCUCCAAAUGGCGAAAAAGCAAAAAAGAAACGCAAGCGUAACAAGACACGAACGAUCAUCGAUGAAAAUGGCGAGAAAAUUGUCGUGAAAAAGGGCCCCAAAAAGCCCAAGAAGCCACGUAUUCCAUUUGGCAAGCAACAAACAACGGCGGAAACCGAGUUAAAUAACUUGGCAGCGUCUGUCGAGAAAAUCGCGCAACAACUUGACGAGAAAAAAGUCUCAAAUGAGAAGCCCGCUGAAAAGCCAGUGGAACAAAAACCACAAGAAACCAAAAAAGAACGUAAAGUAAGUGAAAAAUCGCAAAAAGAAGAGAAGCCUGCGCAACAAAAACCUCAACAGCAGGAGAAAAAAGAACGUAAAGUGAGUGAAAAAUCCGAAAAAGCCGCUCCAGCUCCUCAAAAGCCCCAAGAAAAGCCAGCUGAGCCAAAGCCUCAAGAGAAAGUUGAGCAAAAGCCACAAGAAAAGCCUCAACAAAAGGAACGCAAAGUGAGCGAAAAGUCUCAAAAGGAGGAAAAACCUGCACAAAAGCCGCAAGAACAGAAACCAGCAGAGCAAAAGCAACAAAAAGAGCGCAAAAUAAGUGAAAAAUCACAAAAACAAGAAAAAGCUCCUGAACCAAAGAAGGAACAAAAGCCACAACAAGCUCCCAAAGAGGAAAAGAAGCAAGAAAAGCCCGCUGAAGUGAAGCCACAAGAACAAAAGAAGGUCGAUACUCCUCCAGCAAAGGCUCCUGAGCCAGAAAAGCCUAAAACGGAGGUGAAAAAAGAAGAACCAAAGCCACAACCACCAAAAACUCCCGAAGUUGUGAAGAAAGUUGAGGAGAAACCUGUGGAAAAACCCGCGGAAAAGAAAGCUGAAGCUACAAAACCUGUUGAAAAGCCAGCGGAAAAGAAACAAGAAGCUCCAAAACCGGUAGAAAAGCCAGCGGAAAAGAAACCUGAAGCCCCAAAGCCAGUGGAAAAGAAACAGGAAGCUCCAAAACCCGUAGAAAAGAAACCUGAUGCCCCAAAACCUGUUGAGAAGCCAGCGGAAAAGAAACAGGAAGCCCCAAAACCCGUAGAAAAGAAACCUGAAGCCCCAAAACCUGUCGAAAAGCCCGUAGAAAAGAAACCAGAAGCCCCAAAACCCGAGGAAAAGAAGCCAGAAACGCCAAAAGUUGAAGCCAAGCCAGCGGAACAAAAGAAAUCGCCUCCAAAAGAGACAAAAAAGGAAGAAUCUAAGCCUCAAACUCCAAAAGAACAGAAAAAAUCGCCACCCAAAGAACAACCAAAGCCAAAAGUAGAAGAAAAGAAGCCUGAACAACCCAAACCCGCGGAACAACCAAAGCCACAAGAAGCUCCCAAGCCCGUAGAUAACUCAAAAGCUGUAGCUGUCGCCCCCAAAAAAGACGUCGUUCCCGUUCCCCCCAAAGAAGUUGUUCCAGUUCCUCCCAAAGAAGUCGUUCCUGUUCCAAAAAAGCACAUUAUUGACGUUCCGGUAGCCACAGAAGCUCCUGUCCUUCCCGUAAAAGUUGCUGAACCCGUAAUCGCAAAGGCUCCCGAACAAAAAGUCGAAGCAUCGAAAGACAAGCCAGUCGCGGACAAAGCCUUGUUAGCUGAUGCCUUGAAAGAUGACAAACCCACAACGCCCACAACGGAAACGAAUAACAAUCUCCCCGCAAAAGACAAAUCGGAUACGAAAUCGACGGCAAGCACGGACUCGAAAAAAGGUGAAACGAAUGGAAAAGCAAGCAACGGCAACAAAAAACAAAAAAAUGAUACCGGUCCAAAAAACGCGUUAAGCGGCGAUUUUGCACAAUCUGUUAAAAAUGGAGCAAAAUCGCCCGGAAAAGAAAAAUCCCCGACCCCAAAUGCCAACCAAAAACCGCAAGUGCCCCCCAAAGAUCCGAGUGUAGUCGCGAAAGCACAACAAAAAGGCAAACCUGAGAGUCUACAACGAACGGUAUCGUCCCCAGCAUCGUCGCCUGCCCGCGCUCCUCCCAAAGUCCAAACGCAAAAGUCUGUCUCGCCCUCGAAAGUAGCCGGAACACGUUCGUCACCGCCAAAAACGGUGCCUGCCGCUGCGCCACAGCAACAAGCUCAGCCCCCAAGUCCCAAAAAGACACCUGCUCCGGCGCAAAAUAAACCCAAAAUCGCCCCCAAGCCCGAAAAUGUGAAACCCAAGUCGCCUCCAAAGGGUGCCGUGCCGAAACAAACGCCCGCUGCCCCGAAGAAAACAGGUCCAGCUGCAACUCCCGCUGCCGCUACGUCUAAUUCCAGGCCGGAGGAGAACAAAAGCCAGGGAAUCAAUAAGUUAUUGGACGCAUUUACUGAACUGCUUAAAAAUAGAGCUAAUUCUAAGAAUAAUCAAGAUAGUAAUAACAAUAAUCUCGCUAAUAAUAGUACCAAUCAUCCUAAUAGUAGUAACAAUAAUCAGUCAAAAUCAUCUCCGCCACCGCAAAAAAGUUCAGCAUCAUCUCCCGUCGCAGCUUCUCCUCCCAAGCCAAAGCCCAAAGUAACGCCGACGUCACAAUCCACGACACCGACGCCAAAACCCGCCGACAACCAAUCCGGCAGCAACAAAACCAAAGACAUCCACAACAUCCUCCGCAAGGCAUUUGCGCACAAUGAAAAACCCCUCCCGAAAAAAGUAACGCCCGAAUUCGAUUUGAGCGCUUUUCUAACUGACGACCAACUAAAAACGAUCCUUAACAAGAUGGACAAUCCGGAAACGGCGAAAGAUGUCAAGAACGAAAUUGAUGACAAACUCGCGGAAUUGGGUGGAAAACCGUCGCAACUCAUGAACUCGUUGGACUUGUUGAAAUCCUUGGCAAGGCCUCCGUUGGACAAGAAGGAAGUUGCAGCUGGAUCUGACGAGUCUGAUGACGAUUUCGAUCUAGAGGAUGAGGAUGAAGAGGGUGAAGAGUAUGUGGAGUUCAAAUAUGCACCAAGGCCGAUUUUUAUGGCGACGAUUUGUCAACAUUGCAAAAAUAUUUUACGCGAAUCUGUCACAUGCAAAAAGUGUUUAAUGGUAAAUUACUGCAAAGAAGAGCAUUUAUUAGCGGACGAGCCGAACCACAAGCCGCUUUGUGUGGAAAUAGAGAAAAUUGCAAAAACGCGUGGCGAGCAUCUAUAUAAUUUUGCGCAGAAAUUAACAUUUGAUGACUUCCGUAGCUUACGCGUUUACACGUUACACAUGUGUGAGCAAGCGCUGGGACGACAAUUGCAGCCGUAUGAGCGGGAAAUCCUCCUCUUUCCACGGCUAUGUAGCGAUCCAAUUUGUCGGGAAUGGAGACCAGAGUUGUUGACUGUUUGCAAAGAAUGUCGACAUGUAUCUUACUGCGAAGCGAAACCCUCCCACUUGCCCGAUUCACACAAAAAAUGGUGCGCCUUCUACACGUUGUACUACAAACUGUUGCUGCGACAGAAGCUUCAUGGUCGCAUCGAACCAAUUUUACCGAAUCGGAUACUUUCGAAGCCCACGGAAAUUCCCGCGACCAUGGACGAAGUCUUCAAAAUGCUCUUUAAGAAUUCGACAGCACUGAAAGACGACACAAUUUUUGCAACAAUGACACAAAUUGCAACCAUACCGUUAACAGCACUUGGCGCCUAUCAAAGAACUAAAAAACCGUUAGGAGAGGUCUUCACAUUGCAUUUAGUUGGUGCUGAACUCCAAUUCGAGGGCGACACCUUGGACAAAUUCGAGACCUUCAUGCUGCAUUUGAUGCCGCAAGUGAACGAGUUACGCGUCGUUUUUGUCGGAUCAGAGCUCAACACGGAAAAUUUACCGCUAGACAUCAUCAGCAGAAUUCGUCCGUGUCGAAAAUGUCGCAAAGAUUGUCGCGCCGUCAAAUUUGAUUUCCAUUGCAAGACGUUGUACAAUGAGUAUUGCAGUUCGUCCGCCUAUUCCAAGCCCGACAUCAUUUGUUUCUUCAAUCCGACGUUCCAUCACUCCAAGGGAUCGCAUUAUGACAAGUGGUCGUUCACGAUUCGCGCUGCCGUCGAGCAAAAAUGUCCGAUUGUUGUGACGUCAUAUACGGAAUACGAGUCGCCGUUGGACUUUGAGGUGUUUAUGGAGGACAGCAAGGAUGUGGAUUACAACUUUGAAGUGCUGCAAUCGCCGGCGAGGAAUCCGUAUGGUUCGAGAAAGCCCGAAAGGAAUUUCGUGUCGGAGGAAUGCGCGUCGAUGGUGUUUAAGAACUUUUGGUGGUUCAUUGUGAAGUGAUGUGCAUCGUUUGAAAUUGAUU